CUUCCUCUGUAAUAUCAUGUGAGGCUUAUCUGCCCUGUCUAAUACUUCGGCGCUUCUCUUAUGAUACAAUGCAUGCUGAUUCAGCUCCUCAAAAUAUGGACUACAGCAAUGUGACUCAGAAAGCAAGAAACGGCACAGAUUUCAACAGUGUGUUCACACAGCAGGUUUUGCCUUUAUUCUACUCCAUCAUCUGUGUUUGUGCGUUUAUACUCAAUGGAUUUGCCGCUUGGAUCUUCUUCAGAGUUCCAAGCACCUCAGUCUUGGUGGUUUACCUAAAAAACAUGGUGGUGGCUGACAUGCUGAUGCUCUUCACAUACCCCUGGCGUGUGGCGAGUGACCUGGGUUACGGUGACUUGCAGUUAAAACUCAUAGUUUGCCGCUACACUGCUGUACUUUUUUACCUGAGCAUGUACACUGGAAUCGUAUUCAUGUGCCUUAUCAGCUUGGAACGUUAUUUCAAAAUCGUCCGCACCACAUCAAGCAUGUUGUCCUUUCUACAGCGUGUCACGGUGGGAAAGGUUCUGGCACUCUUAGCAUGGAUUGUUAUGAUCAUCUGUAUGUUGCCAAACUCCAUAUUAACCAACCAGCCCAUUCCUGAGGAUUAUUCCUGCAUGGCCCUAAAAAGUUCACUGGGUCGACGCUGGCAUGAAGUUUCUGUCCACUUUAAUGUCGGAGUCUUCUGGGUGGCUUUCCUGUUGAUCAUGUUUUGCUACACCUCUAUAGCAUGUCAUGUGUACCGCUCCUACAGAAGGGUGCAACAGGACAGCAGUGAGGCAGGACGACGGUCAAAUCGAAGCAUCUUCAGCUUGCUGGCUGUGUUUGUUUUGUGCUUUGUACCAUAUCACAUUUGCCGUGUGCCCUACACACUCAGUCAAAGGCCCGGGGCUGGUUUUAGCAUUCACAACCGUUUUAUUCUCUUCCAGAUGAAAGAGGUAACACUCUUCCUGUCUGCCCUUAAUGUUUGUCUGGAUCCCGUCAUUUACUUCUUCAUGUGCAGAACAUUCAGAGAGUCACUUUUGCACAAGAUGCCUUCUGUAAAUGGUGAAAACAGAAGGCCUUCUAUCGGGACCGGACUGAGCAUCAGUAAUCUGUAAAAAGAAAGCUAAAGGAAAUGAGAGACACCGCAUAUCUAGUUUGAAAACCACACGUGGUUUUCACACUUCCGAAACGAAUGGCAAGAAAGGGGGAACAUUUGAAAUGAAAUGUCACACAGAAAAGUGGUAUACAAAACCAUAAAGACGGAAAAACCCAUGUUCUGCAGAAUUAGAUUGUGCUGAAACAUCUCAUCUAGGUUUCUGAGUAAGCACACACUUGUUUUAUAUGGUUUAUAUGUACUUAAAAUAUCAUUGUCUGUUUAAAAAUGUUUGAUAAUAUUAUUAUAUAUGAUAUGACAUAUUUUUAGAAUAUUUAGAACAACAGACAUUUGAUAAUAUAUUAAACAACUCUAUUUAAGGGGUUUAAUUAAAAACCCAUUUACUUUGCCAAUAUCCUUCAAACCACUGUGUUUAACCCAUUUGUCAGCAAGGAACUUUAGUAUAAUCACAUUUUCAUUUAUGCAUUUUUAAUAAGUAGGUCAGAGUUUAUAGUUUAAUUUUAUGCAAAAAAUAUUAGUUAAACUGAGGGACCAUGAUUUGUUACACUGAAUGUUAUUUUGUCAAAAAAAGGAGAGAGUGUAUUUGUAUUCUCAUUGUUUGUAUUAUGGCAUUAUUUUUAGUAGUAGUCUGUAAUAUUACAAUGACAGUCAAGAUUUGCACACAAAACAAUUAACAUGAAUAUAAAAUUACUGAGAUGGAUUUAAACUCUGUCUUACUAUGAAUGCUUUGUUUGCUAACAUAAAUGAAGUGAUAUCAUGAUCCUCUCUUAAACUUAAGGUUAACUUUCAAUUUCAUGGCAUAUGGGAGAUGGGUUCUCUAUCUAGAAAUAGUGGUAAGCUAUUAAUUUAAAGACCAAUUGUGGUGAAAAACAAGUUUUUAAUGUUGUUUUUAUGUCUGUGGUGUUUUAAUAUGCUUAAACUGUGUGCAAAUUUAUACUUUUAAACCAUUGCUGAGUAUUUUCUCCAUGAAACAGUUGACCAAAGACAGUUUAAAAAUGCGGUUUGAAACUGCCCCACUAAUUAUGUCAUAAUCAACAUCACAUCAACUCAUGUGACCUCUGUGCUCCAAGACAACGUUUAACUAAUAAAUACACACAGCUAGGCUGUGUAUAUGAAACUCUGACCUCGGUCAAAAUGAUUAGUCUCGAAACAAAUAGAUUCUUCAGACACAUGAUUGCCCAUUAUGAAAUGUAACCAAAACUAGGCUAUUAAUCCUAUUACCACUUAAAGGCGGGGUGUCCGAUUUCUCUUAGCCGUUUUUGAUUUUCAAAUCACCAAAACAAACACACCCCUACCCCCAUCUGUCGCUUUCGUCAGUGCUCGGCUAAUGUCCGUCCUGUGCACUGUGCACCUUACUGCUGAUUGGCUACAAGGUUGUUUUGGUACUCGGCCCGACUCAGUUGUCUAAAGCAUAAUUCGGAAAUCGGUUACCCCGCCUUUAAGUGAUAUUAGAGGCAGAGGCCAAUUUUAGAUGUAUUUGCUGGCAUCAAGCUGUUCUCGGCGGCGCUAACAGCCCGGUGAUCAAGGGGAACUCACACAUUAGAUUCACGUCGAGGCCAAUUUUAAAAUAGGCACUAGUAUCUUUAUAAGUCAACUGCAGAUUCUUGGUUUCAUAUUUAAAAUCUUCCAUACAAAAACACCACUGCGAAAAAGUGGCUAGAGUUUUCGCGACCAAUUGAAAAGACCUUUCGGCACCCCCUUACGUUUCAGCACACCUCCACCUUUAGGCACGCCCAUUUCUCCGACCUGCAGAUACCCGUCUUAUAGAUUCGGGCAAAAAUGAUCGCUGCAUUGCUGUGUCAGCUCUCAGUUUCACUUUCAGCAUCUGGAACUACCAAGUGCGAUUGAGUUGAGGCAGAGCUAAUUUGCAUAUUCAUGUAUAUCAUGUAAAGCUGAAGUGUAGAGUUAUAUUCAAGCUAUUUUAAAGCAGGAAAAAAUAUUUUCAAUGGAAAAAAACAUUUAAAUAUGUAAUGAUUAGUUUUAAGGGAUAAAAUUAUCAACCACAGGGCGACUUUAAUGACUGCAGUCUGCAAAAGCCUUAACUACUGUACUGAGUCUGCAUUUGCCUUUUGGAAGUGCCUGUAGCAACUUUGUAGAUGUUUGUGGACAUCUAAAAUAGGCAACAUAUCCGCCAACCCAUACGACUCGAAGUUGUUUGUCCCUUUCCCAACAUAUGAUCCAUAGGAGUGUUUACUAAAUUAGCAUCUCUACCGGCAACAGGUGAAGUGUCUUACAGUCACCAUAAAAUAACAUGUUGCAUUGAUGACACUAAUCUGGGUGUGAUUUUCAGUUUAAUCUAUCAGUAUUAACUGAAUUUACAUUACACUAUUCACACACACACUGAGCAAGUAACGUAACCCAUUUAUUUAUUAUAUAACAUAAAACACAGCAUAUAAAACAGUCAUAAUUGUUUUUGAAAACGUACAAAUAUUCCAAGUGUACCAAGGUCAACUGAUCAAUGUUUAUGAGGAAAAGACAACAUCCACAGUAAAUCCCAGAUCUUGUGAUUUUACGGGUGAACAUUUUUAAAAUGCAUUUUUGUCAACGUUAUAAUGUAUAAAUAACAACAAUUCAAAAAGUUCAAUAUGAACAAAAGAACAUAAUGAAUUGGAGAAUUUACACUGACCAAAAUUAUAAACGCAACACUUUUGUUUUUACCUCCACUUUUCAUGAGCUGAACUCCAAGAUCUAAGACUUUUUCUAUGUACACAAAGGUCCGGGGGGUCCGAAAACCAGUCAGUAUCUGGUGUGACCACCAUUUGCCUCACGCAGUGCAACACAUCUCCUUCGCAUAGAGUUGAUCAGGUUGUUGAUUGUGGCCUGUGGGAUGUUGGUCCACUCCUCUUCAAUGGCUGUGCGAAGUUGCUGGAUAUUGGCAGGAACUGGAACACGCUGUCGUAUACGCCGAUCCAGAACAUCCCAAACAUGCUCAAUGGGUGACAUGUCAGGUGAGUAUGCUGGCCAUGCAAGAACUGGGAUGUUUUCAGCUUCCAGGAAUUGUGUACAGAUCCUUGCAACAUGGGGCCGUGCAUUAUCAUGCUGCAACAUGAGGUGAUGGUUGUGGAUGAAUGGCAAAACAAUGGGCCUCAGGAUCUCGUCACAGUAUCUCUGUGCAUUCAAAAUGCCAUCAAUAAAAUGCACCUGUGUUCGUUGUCCAUAACAUACGCCUACCCAUACCAUAACCCCACAGCCACCAUGGGCCACUCGAUCCACAACGUUGACAUCAGCAAACCGCUCACCCACACGACGCCAUACACGCUGUCUGCCAUCUGCCCUGUACAGUGAAAACCGGGAUUUGUCCGUGAAGAGAACACCUCUCCAAAGUGCCAGAUGCCAUCGAAUGUGAGCAUUUGCCCACUCAAGUCGGUAACGACAACGAACUGCAGUCAGGUCGAGACCCCGAUGAGGACGACAAGCAUGCAUAUGAGCUUUCCCUGAGACAGUUUCUAAAAGUUUGUGCAGAAAUUCUUUGGUUAUGCAAACCGAUUGUUGCAGCGGCUGUCCGGGUGUCUGGUCUCAGACGAUCUUGGAGGUGAAGUCCUGGGCUGGUGUGGUUACACGUGGUCUGUGGUUGUGGCCAGUUGGAUGUACUGCCAAAGUCUCUGAAACGCCUUUGCAGACAGCUUACGGUAGAGAAAUGAACAUUCAAUUCACGGGCAACAGCUCUGGUGGACAUUCCUGCAGUCAGCAUGCCAAUUGCAUGCUCCCUAAAAACUUGCGACAUCUGUUGCAUUGUGCUGUGUGAUAAAACUGCACAUUUUAGAGUGGCCUUUUAUUGUGGCCAGCCUAAGGCACACCUGUGCAAUAAUCAUGCUGUCUAAUCAGCAUCUUGAUAUGACACACCUGUGAGGUGGAGGGAUUAUCUUGGCAAAGGAGAAGUGCUCACUAACACAGAUUUAGACAGAUUUGUGAACAAUAUUUGAGAGAAAUAGGCCUUUUGUGUACAUAGAAAAAGUCUUAGAUCUUUGAGUUCAGCUCAUGAAAAAUGGGGGCAAAAACAAAAGUGUUGCGUUUAUAAUUUUGGUCAGUGUAUGUGCAAUCCCCUGGGAACACACACAUGACCUUGGCAUUGCUAGCACCUUGCUCUAACCACUGAGCCUCAGGAAAGCUGAAUGAGUGCAUCGCAAAACCAAUUAUACGAAUCAUCUUAGACUUAUGUACCGUUCGUAAUGUAAGCUUCGUAAUGUAAGAAGCACUUGAAAAUCGUCAUAGAUCUACGGGUGCUCUGAAGUAAUCAUGAAUCCCUAAGUGCAUCGAAAGAAGACAGAUUUAUGAGGUCACCUGCAGGACAACCGGAGAAUUGGGUUUAAACUUAAACACUCCUAAAUGUGAUUUAUAAUGUAUUUAUUUAUUUAGUUUUUUUUGUUUGUUUAAAUUUUUUAAUUACUAAACUAAAUUUAACAAAAAAGACAGUACACAGUAAUUAAAUGGCUGAACAUACAAAGAAUAAAAAAUAUUUAGUGUGGGCAAGUUAUAUUGGUUCUAACAAAGGAUGCAUGUUUGUUGCUGGAUUGCUGUAUUAAAGUUACUCCACAUUUUAUGCUUAAAUGAAAUUAAAAUUGUUGUGUUUAAAAGAGAAAUGGUCAAAAUGCUUAUUUGGUGGUUGUCAUGUCUUUGUCUUUCUUGUAGGCCAACCUCGAAGUUAGCGCCGUGCUGGUUCCCUCGAUAAGAUCUGUGAUUAAGAAAUGUUCAUGAUGUUUAUGUUUUUUUCUAUCAAGAUAAUAUUUAAAGAUGAACACAAAAAAUGCUAUCCCCUACAAUGUUUUUAGAUAUCUGUGCCCGUGUUGCAUUAUUUGUGAGAUUUAUAUGUGCCAUGAUGUCUAACGACUCUGUCAGAGGAAGUAGGCUAGUCGUUUUUAGCAACUUGUAAGCCGCCGUU